AUGGCAUCUACUAUUGUUGUCGAUUCAAUAAUCAAUGAUAUUAAUCAUAAUAAUGAAACAAUUGAUAUUUCAUUAUUACCAUCAACAAUUACAACAGAAAAAAAAUUAACAAUAAAUGAACCAUCAAUAAUAAAAAAUCGUUUACAUAAUGUAUCAUCAUCUUCACAUAACAAUGAGAUUGUAACUGUUUUUCCUAUACCAAUGAAAACAUCAUGUCAUUUUAGUGUACAUGGUGGUGGAGUAUUAAAUGUAGGUACAAUUAAUUAUAUUCGUUUUCAUCGUGCACGUCGUUUAGCUUUUUGUUGUUGUGUUAUAUCAUUUUUACUUGAUAUUAGUCUUGGUUUAACAGCAUUUAUUAAUUGUAUAAGAUCGAAAACUUUCGUUGGAUUUUCAUAUUCUGUUGAUACAUUAAUCGAUGCAUUAUGUACAGGUUUUGUAUCAUGGCAUUUAAAAACAACAUCAAUUAGUGAUAUGCGUCGUCGUGAUAGACUUGCUUGUUGUGUUAUUGGUGCAUUAUUUAUUGGUUCAUUUCUUGCUAUUGAAUCUCGUGCUAUACAAAGUAUGAUAUUAGCAAAAACUGUUCGACCUGAUGUUAUUGUUUUUAUGUAUUCAUUAAUACAUAUUAUUGUAUUUACAAUUUUAUCAAUAAUAAAAAUAUUUAUUAGUAAACAAAUUAAAUCUUCAGCAUUAAUGGCUGAUGCAUUAAAUUCUAUAAUUGGACUUAUUAUGUCAUUUCCAUUAUUAUUUUGGGAUCGUGUAACAUUUUUAAAUAAAUUUGCACAUCUUGAUGAUCUUGUACAAGUUUUAAUGGCAUUAUUUUUAUUUAUUGCUGGAUGGAAAUUAAUAUUAGAUUCAAUAACAUCAAUGAAUGCUGAAUAUGCAAGACAUUUACGUGAAAAAAAAUUACGACGAAUGUUAAAAGAACAUAAUGAAGAAAUUGAUUUAGAUUUUGAAAAUGUUGAUACGGAUAAUCCUCAUUUAUCUAUAGCACCAAUUCCUGGUUCACGACGUUUUUCUGUUAUAUCAAAUCAGUAA